AUGGGUUCAACAAUCCAAGAUGCCCGUCCCUCAGUGAAACUCACCCAGGGAACCGUCAUCGGCACAGUCGUGUCAGACAGUCUCCCCCGGCCAGUCGAAGCCUUCAAGGGUAUUCCGUAUGCGCUCCCGCCGACAGGAGAUCGCAGGUUCCGCGCACCGGUCAAAGUCCAACCCUCAACAAAGGAAAUCGACGCCUCGAAAUGGGGCCCCGUCGCACCGGGCAAGCAACUCUUCCCAGGCGGUCCAGCGUUUGAGUACAGCGAGGACUGCUUAACCGCCAACGUCUUCCGGCCCGUCUCGUCGUCUCGAAAUGAGACACUGCUGCCCGUUGCCGUGUACAUCCACGGCGGCGCAUUCAACAGAGGCACCGCCAUGAUGCACAACACGGCUUCGUUCCUGGCCAACUCGGGACAGGCUUUUAUUGCCGUUUCCUUCAACUAUCGAAUUGGAGCACUCGGUUUCCUACCAUCCACUAAGAGUUUCGAGGAGGGUUCUGUGAAUCUCGGUUUGAAAGAUCAACUCAUUCUCCUCGAGUGGGUUCGCGACAACAUCACGGCAUUCGGCGGAGACCCCAAUAAUGUCACCCUCUUUGGCAUCUCCGCCGGAGCACACUCUAUCGGCCACAUCCUCAUCAACGACGAAGGCCAAUACAACCCACCCCUCUUCCACAAAGUCAUCCUCGAGUCCGGCGCCCCAACAUCCCGCGCAGUCCGCCCCUACAGCGCCCCCAUUCACGAAGCACAGUUCGCAGACUUCCUCGCAGAGACAGGCUGCCCGCCAGACCUCUCCGCCGCCGAGACCUUCGCCUACCUCCGCGCCGCGCCCACCGAGGUCGUCCAAAAGGCCCAAAUCGCAGUCUUUGACAAGUAUAACCCGUCCCUCCGCUGGGCCUUCCAGCCCGUCGUCGACGGCGACAUCAUCCCCCGCCCGCCAAUGGAAUCCUGGCGCCUCAACAACUGGCGCAAAGUCCCCAUCAUGACGGGCUUCAACCGCAACGAAGGCUCCAUCUACAUCUCCAAAAAGGUUUCCAAAUCUGACGACUUCACCUCCUUCUUUGCCGACCUGCUUCCCCUGCUCUCCAAAGAGGACGUCGAGACCAUUGACAAACUCUACCCGGACCCCCUUACCAUCCCAACCUCACCCUACAAGGAAUCCCUCGACGGCACAGGUGCGCAAUACCGCCGCCUCGAAAUCGCCUACGGCCAAUACGCCUACGUCGCGCCCGUCCGCCAAACAGCCGACCUCGCCUCCCGCGCGGACCCGGCGCUCCCCGUCUACCUCUACCAAUGGGGCCUCGAGAGCUCCCUCCUCGACCGCGCGCGCCACGGCGAGAACAUGUACUACGAGGCUUGCGAGCCCGCGAAAACAAAAAUCUCGCCGACGCAAAAGGAGCUGUGCUUGACGCUGAACGCGUACCUCGCCAGCUUCAUCGUGGCGGGCGAUCCGAAUGCCGUGCGGGGCGAGAGCGCGCCGGAGAGGCCCACGUGGGAGCGGUACGUGGCGGAGGAUCCCAAGGCGUUGGUGUUUGCGGAGGAGAAUAAGGAGCUUAUUGGGGGCGAGGCGGGGGUUCCGGCGCGGUUGUGUGCCGAUACUUGGGCGAGGAAGGAGUCGGAGUUUUGGUGGACAAAGGUUGAUGUGUCGCAGCAAUGA